GCCCGGGCUGGCACAUUUUAAAAUACCAGUGUUUGCCAGAGCAGCCUCGCCAAAUCCUCAUGAAGAUGAACAUAAUGAUGUACAGAAAAAGACUUUUACAAAAUGGAUAAAUGCUCGCUUUUCCAAGAGUGGGAAGCCCCCAGUUAAGGACAUGUUCACAGAUCUGAAAGAUGGAAGGAAGCUUUUGGACCUUUUGGAGGGUCUGACAGGGAAACCUCUGCCUAAAGAACGAGGCUCCACGAGAGUCCAUGCCUUAAAUAACGUCAACCGCGUGCUGCAGGUCCUGCAUCAGAACAACGUGGAGUUGGUGAAUAUUGGAGGAACUGACAUCGUUGAUGGGAAUCACAAGCUGACGCUGGGAUUGCUGUGGAGCAUUAUUUUGCAUUGGCAGGUGAAGGAUGUAAUGAAGAACAUCAUGUCCGAUCUGCAGCAGACCAAUAGUGAGAAAAUCCUGCUGAGCUGGGUUCGGCAGUGCACGAGGCCUUACAGCCAGGUCAACGUUCUCAACUUCACCACCAGCUGGGCAGAUGGACUUGCUUUCAACGCUCUUGUCCACAGGCACAAACCUGAGCUGUUCAGCUGGGAUAAAGUUAUAAAGAUGUCCCCAGUUGAGAGACUGGAACAUGCUUUCAGCAUAGCCAAAAACCACUUGGGAAUCGAAAAGCUGCUGGAUCCUGAAGAUGUUGCUGUGCAGCUUCCAGACAAGAAGUCUAUUAUCAUGUAUUUAACCUCUUUGUUUGAGGUCCUUCCUAAGCAAGUCACCAUGGAGGACAUCCGUGAGGUGGAGACCCUUCCAAGGAGAUAUAAACAGGAAUGUGAGGAUGGAGAAUUCAGUAUGCAGCAGGCUGUGGGACUUGAAGAGGAGCAGGGUGGUUCUAGAGCAGAGACUCCCAGCACCGUGACAGAGGUGGAUAUGGACUUGGAUAGCUACCAGGUUGCCCUGGAGGAAGUCCUCACAUGGUUGCUGUCUGCAGAGGAUACRUUUCGGGAACAGGAGGAAAUAUCUGAUGAUGUUGAGGAAGUCAAAGAACAAUUUUCUACCCACGAAGCUUUCAUGAUGGAGCUGACCGAGCACCAGAGCAGCGUGGGCAGUGUCCUGCAGGCCGGGAACCAGCUGGUGGCACAGGGCAACCUGUCGCCCGAAGAGGAGUACGAAAUCCAGGAGCAAAUGCAGCUGCUGAACAGCCGGUGGGAGGAACUGCGCGUGGAGAGCAUGGACAGGCAGUCCCGCCUGCACGACAUGCUCAUGGAGCUGCAGAAGCAGCAGCUGCAGCAGCUCUCCGACUGGCUGAYGGCCACAGAGGAACGCAUCCAGCACAUGGAGGCGCAGCUCCUGGCCGAGGACUUAGAGGCUCUUCRGAAACAGCUGGAAGAACACAAAAGCCUGCAGAGCGACCUGGAGGCAGAGCAGGUGAAGGUCAACUCCCUCACGCACAUGGUGGUCAUCGUGGAUGAGAGCAGCGGGGAGGGCGCCACGGCCCUCCUCGAGGAGCAGCUGCAGAGGCUUGGGGAGCGGUGGACAGCAGUUUGCCGUUGGACUGAGGAACGACGACUCAAAUUGCAAGAAAUUCAGUUUCUAUGGCAGGAGCUGCUAGAAGAGCAGUGCUUACUGAAGGCUUGGUUAACRGAGAAAGAAGAGGCUUUAAAUAAGGUCCAAACAAGCAACUUCAAAGAUCAGACAGACCUGAGCRUCAAUGUUCGGAAACUGGCGAUUUUGAAAGAGGACAUGGGCAUGAAGCGACAGACACUAGACCAACUGAAUGAGAUCAGUCAGGAUGUAGCCCAAAUCCUUGGGAAUAACAGAGCAUCCAAGAAAAUUGACCAUGAUCAAGAGGAACUAACUCAGAGGUGGGACAGUUUGGUUCAGAAGCUCGAGGAUUACUCCAAUCAGGUAACCCAAGCUGUGGGAAGCAUAGGGAUGUCUCAGGUUCCCCCGAAGACCCCUGCAGAAACAGCCUUACUGAAGGAGCAGGUCAAACAGUCCCGGCAGGAGCUGCCCCCGCCGCCCCCUCCCAAGAAAAGGCAAAUCCCAGGGGAUGGCGAAGCCAGGAAGAAGUUUGAUGCUGAAAGUGCUGAGCUGAUGAACUGGAUUGCAAAAUCAAAAGCUGCCAUUCAGGCCACAGACAUCAAAGAGUACAAGAAAAUGAGAGAGACUUCAAGCAUGAAAGAAAAGUUGAAGGUGGUAGAAAAGGAAAGGGUUGAAAAAAGCUCACAGUUGGAUGAACUGAAACGAAGCGCACAGAUUCUUUUGGAUCAAAUGGGAAAGGAGGGACUUUCUACAGAGGAUAUAAGAAGCAUGAUGGAGAAAGUACUGUCAGGGUGGAAAGAAGUGAGUCAGUAUCUGGAGGAAGUGGCCAAAAAGAUCAAAUACCAGGAAGACAUAAAUGGUUACUUUAGGGAGAUGGGUGAACUUGAGAAGACUGUAACUGAAAAGGAAGUCUGGCUGAAGGAUGACAGCUCUUCAGCAUCCCAACCUGCAGCAGCCCAGGAGCAGUUAACUCAUCUCUCAAGCGUGAGCCCUCGAUUGGAAGAGCUGAAAUCCACUUGUAGGGUGCUCACCUCUCAGCCCGCGGCCCCCAGUUUUAUUCAGGAGAGCCUGAGCGUUUUUCUGGAUCGCUUCAAGCUGACUAGUCAGAAACUGGAGGAACGUCACCAACGGCUGAAGAAAGAGACAGUUUGYCAGCCCAGCCAGGAUUAUUUGGACUCUCUGAAGAGGCUGAAGGAUAUGCUGAGCGAACUGGAAUGCAAGCAGCAGUCCAUCAUGAGUGGGGUGAAUGACCCAAGUAAGGUGGAAAAGGCCUUACAGCAGACAAAGGCUGUCUGCGAGACACUGGAAGCCCAGAAGUCCAGGAUGGAUAAACUCACGGAAGAAAUGAAAGCUUUAGAGAAACAGGCUGCCCCUGAUACAGCCAAGGUCUACAAGCAAGAACUCCGGCAUGUGCAGGGACACUGGGACAAGUUAAAGCUCAAGACGGCCAAAGAAGUUCAACUACUGGAAGAAAUUAUGUCUAAGUCCAGGAUAUUUGAGGCUGAUUCAAAGGUCAUUCAGAAGUGGAUGGAUGGCGUGAAGGACUUCUUACUGACAGAGAAGGCUGUUCAAGGAGAUAGUGAAGGACUUCAAAGACAACUUGACCAGUGCACAAAAUUUGUUAAUGAAAUGGAGAAGGUUGAACUGUCCUUAAAAGAGAUGAAGGAAAUAGAGUCUGCUUUAAGAAGUCAGCCUGUUGUUGGCAUAAAUACGUGGGCAAAAUCUAGGCUGGCAGACUGCCAGUCGCAGUGGGAGAAGCUGAGCAAGCAGAUCGUUAGUCAGAAAAACCACUUGUCUGAAAGUCAGGAAAAAGCUGUAAAUCUGAAGAAGGACUUGGCAGAGAUGCAAGAAUGGAUGACCCAAGCUGAAGAAGAGUAUCUGGAGAAAGACUUUGAGUACAAGUCCCCUGAAGAACUAGAGAAUGCGGUGGAGGAAAUGAAGAGGGCAAAGGAGGAUGUAUUGCAGAAAGAGGUGCGGGUGAAGAUUCUCAAAGACAACAUCAAGAUGUUGGCCACCAAAGUGCCAUCUGGUGGCCAGGAGCUGAUGACUGAGCUGAACGUGGUGCUGGAGAACUACCAGCUCCUGUGCAAUCGGAUCCGGGGGAAAUGCCACACUUUGGAGGAGGUAUGGUCCUGUUGGAUUGAGCUGCUUCAGUAUCUUGAUCUGGAAACAGCUUGGCUAAAUACUCUGGAAGAAAGGGUGCAAAUGACUGAGAAUCUGCCUGAUAAGUUGGACGCUGUCAAUGACGCUCUUGAGUGCCUGGAAUCAGUGCUGCGUCACCCAGCCGAUAAUCGAACGCAGAUUCGGGAGCUCGGGCAGACCCUGAUUGAYGGAGGGAUUCUUGAUGAUAUCAUCAGUGAAAAGCUGGAGGCCUUUAAUGCUCGCUAUGAGGAACUGAGUCACUUGGCCGUAAGCCGGCAGAUCUCCUUGGAGCAGCAGCUUCAGACCAUGAGAGAAACCGACCACAUGCUGCAGGUGCUGCAGGAAAACCUGGCYGAGCUGGAUAGACAGCUCACGUCCUACCUGACUGAUCGGGUGGAUGCCUUUCAGAUGCCCCAGGAGGCUCAGAAAAUCCAAGCUGAGAUUGCAGCUCAUGAAUCCACUUUAGAGGAGCUCAGGAGAAAUGCUCGCGCUUUCCCUCCUGCUUCCCCUGAAUGCAGGUCUCCCCGUGGUGGAACUCAGCUGGAUGCUUUGCAGAGAAAACUCCGGGAAGUGUCUACAAAGUAUCAGCUUUUCCAGAAACCAGCCAAUUUUGAACAGCGCAUGUUAGAUUGCAAGCGGGUGUUGGAUGGUGUAAAAGCAGAACUUCAUGUCCUGGAUGUGAAGGAUACUGACCCGGAUGUAAUCCAAGCUCAUUUGGACAGUUGCAUGAAGCUCUAUAAAACCCUCAGUGAGGUGAAAUUGGAAGUUGAAACUGUCAUCAAGACAGGAAGGCAAAUUGUGCAGAAACAACAGACAGAUAAUCCCAAAGGAAUGGAUGAACAACUAACAGCACUGAAAUUUCUCUAUAAUGACCUGGGUGCACAGGUGACGGAAGGAAAACAAGACCUGGAAAGAGCUUCCCAGCUGGCACGCCGCCUGAGGAAGGAGGCUGCCUCCCUGUCGGAGUGGCUGGCGGCCACUGAGGCUGAGCUCGUGCAGAAGUCCACCUCGGAGAGCUUGCUCUCUGAUCUGGAUUCCGAAAUUGCCUGGGCUAAGAGCGUGCUGAGGGAGCUGGAGAGGAGGAAGGGCGACCUGAAGAGCAUCACGGAGAGCUGCACGGCGCUGCAGGCGCUCGUGGAAGGCAGCGAGACCUCCCUGGAGGAGAAGCUCUGCGUCCUGAACGCYGGCUGGAGCAGAGUGCGCACGUGGACUGAAGACUGGUGUGACACCCUGCUGAAUCAUCAGAGCCAGCUGGAGAUCUUUGAUGAAAAYGUUGCCCACAUAAGUACGUGGCUGUAUCAGGCUGAAGCCUUGCUGGAUGAGAUUGAGAAAAAGCCAGCGAGCAAGAAGGAGGAAACGGUCAAGCGCUUGACGUGCGAGUUGGACGACGUGAGCCUGCGCGUGAACAACGUGCGGGACCAGGCCCUCGUGCUCAUGAAGGGCCGGGGCGGCUCGUGCCGCGAGCUGGUCGAGCCCAAGCUGGCCGAGCUCAACCGCAACUUCGAGAAGGUCUCUCAGCACAUCAGGAGCGCCAAGAUGCUUGUCGGACAAGAACGAYUUCCUGUCAUGUCAGAGCCUCGUGAAGUCAGAGUGGCUUUUCCAGACCUGGACAAAUUUGAGUGUGACAUACAGAACAUGUUAAAGGUUGUGGAAAAGCAUCUGGAGUUGAGUGAGGAAGAUGAAAAGGUGGAUCAAGAAAGAGCUCAGAUUGAAGAGGUUUUGCAGAGAGGAGGGCAGCUGUUGCAGCAGCCCAUGGAGGACACUAAGAGAGAGAAGAUCCGCCUGCAGUUGUUGCUUCUGCAGACUAAGUACAACAACACACAGCCCAUCCCUGUGCAGCAACGGGCAACAGGCCACUUCGCUCCUGGGGUUCGGGCCUUGCCUUUUUCAGCCGAGUACUUGGUUGAGAUCAACAAGGUCCUGCUGGCCAUGGCUGAUGCUGAGCUGUUGCUGAACGCCCCGGAGCUGAACACUGGCAUCUAUGAGGACUUCUCAACUCAGGAGGAUGCACUGAAGAACAUAAAGGAUAUUUUGGACAGACUUGGGGAUCAGAUUGCGGUCAUACACGAGAGGCAGCCUGACGUUAUAUUGGAAGCGUCUGGACCCGAGGCCAUCCAAAUAGGAGAUGCUCUCACCCAGCUGAAUGCCGAAUGGGACAGAAUUAAUAGGAUGUACAAUGAUCGUAAGUGCUGCUUCGACAGGGCGCUUGAGGCRUGGAGGCAGUUCCACUGCGACCUGAGCGAGCUCUCGCAGUGGGUGGCCGAGGCCGAAGGGCUCCUGGCCGCCGGCCGCAGCGCCGACGGCAGCGUGGCGCUGGAGGCGGCCGCCUUGCACCAGCAGGAGCUUGAGGAGGGCGUGAGCAGCCACCAGAGCAGCGUUUCAGCCCUCAACAGGACUGGGGAGGGGAUCAUACAGAAGCUCUCUGCCACGGACGGGGGCUUCCUGCACGAGAAGCUCGUGGGCUUGAACAGGCGCUGGAAAGCCAUCGCUGCCGAGGUCACGGAGAGACAGCAGAGGCUGAAAGGUGAGAAUCAGCAGCUGAUAGACUACAGGAGGAAGCUUGCUGAGCUGCGUUGCUGGCUGGAAAAUGUAGAAAAUGCUUUGGAUACAAGAUUUACGUUCAACCAUGAAGAAAACUUGAGCGAAUUAAAGGUCUUCAAUGAAGAGAUGGAAGGACAGGGAGACAAGCUGGACUGGCUCAACAGAACUGAACCUGAAGUGAUUUUGGAUAAAAGUGUCUGCCCUCGGGAAAAGGACGAGCUUUCUGAUAGCCUGCAGUCCCUCAAUGUGAGGUGGAAUAAGGUUUUCAAAGAAGUGCCCGACAGACUGAGGAAGCUGGAGGUGCUUGUUGAGCAGCCUCACCUCGCAGUGCCCAGGAAGCGUUCUGAUGUCCAAAAGGUGGUGCUAGUAUCUUCUUCAUUUGAAAUUCCUGUUCAGGCUCAGCAGGCCUUGGAACUCUCAGCACCUGCUGAUCUGGAUAAAACUACAACCGAGCUGAGUGACUGGCUGAUACUGAUUGAUCAGAUGCUCAAGUCGAGCAUAGUCACUGUGGGAAAUGCUGAAGACAUCAGUCGGACCAUUUCACGAAUGAAAAUAACAAAGGUGGAUUUGGACCAGCGACACCCUCAGCUUGAUUCUGUGUUUACGUUGGCUCAGAAUUUGAAAAAUAAAACUUCCAGUUCAGAUGUUAGGACAGUGAUUACAGAAAAAUUGGAGAAGCUGAAGAGCCAGUGGGACGGCACCCAGCACGGCGUGGAGGAGCGGCAGCAGCAGCUCCGGCACAUGCUGGCCGACAGCGUGCGCUGGGACGAGCAGAGGCAGCACAUGGAGCGCCUCAUGGAGCACGCCGAGCUGCGCCUGCGCCUGCUCCUGCAGGCCCCCAAGGAGCCGCUCGCCAAGCAGGCUGCGGACAACAAAAUGUUAGUUCAGGAUUUGCACAGAGGCGACAUCACGGUAGCUGCAUUCAAUGACCUUUCCAAUAAACUUCUUCGGGAGUAUCGAGAUGAUGACACGAGGAGGGUGAAGGAAACCACUGACCAAAUGAAUACUUGUUGGGUUAAUCUGAACCAAAGAGCUGUUGAUAGGCAGAAUUUCUUGGACACUGAGCUGAAGACAGUGCAGACCUUGCACAGGGAUCUGGAGAGCUUCCUCAAGUGGCUUCAAGAGGCAGAGACGACAGUGAAUGUCCUUGCAGACGCCUCCCACCGUGAGGCCGCUGCUCAGGACAGUGCCUGCGUAAGGGAGCUGCGGAAACAGAUGCAGGACAUCCAGGCUGAGAUUGAUGCCCACAAUGACAUCUUCAAAAGCAUCGACGGAAACAGGCAGAAGAUGGUGAAAGCCUUGGGAAACUCCGAGGAAGCUGCUCUGCUCCAGCACCGCCUGGAUGACAUGAACCAGCGCUGGAAUGACCUCAAGGCCAAGUCAGCCAACAUCAGGGCUCACUUGGAGGCAAGUGCAGAGAAAUGGAACAGACUGCUGACAUCCCUGGAAGAGUUAAUCAAGUGGCUGAACACAAAAGAUGAAGAACUGAAAAACCAAAUGCCCAUUGGAGGGGAUGUCCCAACCUUACAGCAGCAAUAUGAUCACUGCAAAGCUCUGAGACGUGAACUGAAGGAUAAGGAACAAACCAUUCUCAAUGCUGUGGACCAGGCGCGGGUUUUCCUUGCUGACCAGCCCAUCGAGGGGCCUGAGGAGCCAAGAAGGAGCUUACAUUCAAAAACAGAAUUGAGCCCUGAGGAGAAGGCCCUGCGAAUUGCCAAGGCUAUGCGGAAGCACUCCUCAGAGGUGAAGGAGAAAUGGGAGAGCCUAAAUGCUAGUGCCAGCAUGUGGCAGAAGCAAGUGGACAAAGCACUGGAAAAACUGAAAGACUUGCAGUGUGCCAUGGAUGACCUUGAUGCUGACUUGAAGGAGGCUGAGAACGUGAGGAAUGGCUGGAAACCGGUGGGAGACCUGCUCAUAGAUUCGUUACAGGAUCACAUUGAGAAAACGGCAGCUUUCAGAGAAGAAAUUGCUCCCAUCAACCUGAAGGUUAAAGCAGUGAAUGAUUUGUGCAGUCAGCUCUCUCCACUGGACCUUUACCCGUCACUGAAGAUGUCUCGUCAGUUAGAUGAUCUCAACAUGCGGUGGAAGCUUUUACAGGUGUCGGUAGAGGAUCGCCUUAAACAGCUGCAGGAGGCACACAGGGAUUUUGGGCCUGCAUCACAGCACUUCCUUUCCACUUCAGUACAGUUUCCAUGGCAGAGAUCUGUUUCACACAACAAAGUGCCCUAUUAUAUCAAUCACCAGACACAAACAACCUGUUGGGAUCAUCCUAAAAUGAUUGAACUCUUCCAGUCCUUAGCUGACUUGAACAACGUUCGCUUCUCUGCCUACCGCACGGCCAUCAAGAUCCGAAGACUGCAGAAAGCUCUGUGCUUGGACCUGUUGGACCUGAACACAACGAGUGAAAUAUUCAAACAGCACAAGCUGAGUCAAAACGACCAGCUCAUUGGUGUCCAGGAUGUGAUCAGCUGCCUCACUACCAUCUACAGUGGACUUGAAGAAAAACACAAAGAGCUGGUGAACGUUCCCCUCUGUGUAGACAUGUGUCUUAACUGGCUGCUCAAUGUGUAUGAUAGUGGCCGAACUGGAAAAAUUCGAGUGCAGUCACUCAAGAUUGGCCUGAUGUCUCUUUCUAAGGGCCUCCUGGAAGAGAAGUACAGAUAUCUGUUCAGGGAAGUGGCCGGCCCCACCGAGAUGUGUGAUCAGAGGCAGCUGGGCCUGCUGCUGCACGACGCCAUCCAGAUCCCGCGGCAGCUGGGGGAGGUGGCCGCGUUCGGCGGCAGUAACAUUGAGCCCAGCGUCCGGAGCUGCUUCCAGCAGAACCACAAUAAGCCAGAAAUUACUGUAAAGCAAUUUAUAGACUGGAUGCGGUUGGAGCCCCAGUCUAUGGUAUGGCUACCMGUCCUACACAGAGUGGCAGCUGCUGAAACAGCAAAACAUCAGGCCAAGUGCAACAUCUGCAAAGAGUGUCCAAUUGUUGGCUUCAGGUACCGAAGCCUAAAGCAUUUCAACUACGACGUCUGCCAGAGCUGUUUCUUUUCCGGCCGUACGGCCAAGGGGCACAAACUGCAUUACCCAAUGGUGGAGUACUGUAUACCUACAACGUCUGGGGAAGAUGUACGGGACUUCACCAAGGUGCUGAAGAACAAGUUCCGCUCGAAGAAGUAUUUUGCAAAGCACCCCCGGCUCGGCUACUUACCCGUGCAAACCGUUCUGGAGGGYGACAACCUGGAAACUCCUAUCACUCUCAUCAGCAUGUGGCCAGAGCAAUACGAUCCCUCGCAGUCUCCACAGCUAUUUCAUGAUGACACACACACCAGGAUAGAGCAGUAUGCUACAAGACUGGCCCAGAUGGAAAGGACCAACGGCUCCUUCCUCACGGACAGCAGCUCCACCACGGGAAGUGUGGAAGAUGAACAUGCCCUUAUCCAGCAGUAUUGCCAGACCCUGGGAGGAGAGUCGCCCGUGAGCCAGCCGCAGAGUCCUGCGCAGAUACUCAAGUCAGUGGAGAGGGAAGAGCGGGGAGAGCUGGAGCGCAUCAUCGCCGACCUGGAGGAAGAGCAAAGGAGUCUGCAGAUAGAAUACGAGCAACUUAAGGAGCAACAUCUUCGGAAAGGAAUCAACCCUCUGGCAUCACCCCCAGACACUGUUGUGUCCCCUCAGCAUGCUGCUGAGGAUGCCGAGCUCCUCGCUGAAGCUAAACUCCUAAGGCAACAUAAAGGUCGCCUGGAAGCAAGGAUGCAAAUACUGGAAGAUCACAACAAACAGUUGGAGUCUCAGCUUCACCGGCUACGGCAGCUGCUUGAGCAGCCYGAGUCAGAGGGCAGAGUUAAUGGCGCCUCUCCGUGCGCCUCGCCGCAGCAUCCCGCGCUCAGCUACCCGCUGGAUCCAGAGACCAGCUCCCCGUUCCAGCACACAGAUGACUUGCUAGCCCCUCCUCAUGAUACCAGCACAGAUCUAACAGAUGUUAUGGAGCAAAUCAACAGCACAUUUCCAGCUUGCUGCUCAAGUUUCCCUGGCAGAUCACAGAGAACAAUCCUGAAACAGGAUCACCUUUUAAGGACCUUCAUCUGAAUCCAGGCUAUAUAUACUCUGCAUUUUUUACCACUUAAGCAAAAUACUUUCCUGUCUGACUUCCAAACAUUAGUUUCUAUGGAUGUAGGAAGCCUACAAAUUGCAAUUAUAAUUCUGCAGCCGUCACAUCCUUGGGUCUCYGUAGAGAAGAAUUAUGAACACCGCAGUGCAGUAGAAAUAGGGUUCUGCAAAAUUACAUUUCUUGGUGAUUUGCUAAAUUUUGGGCCAAGUCGUUUAAAAUACAAGGUGUUUGGAAACUUACGUUAGAGUCCUGAGCAUGCAGCUCCGUGAAGAGGCCUGUGCAUGGUCAUGCUGUGCUGAUGUCUCAUCGUGCUUACAGGCAAUGUGAAGUGCUCCCCUGGGGAGCAACCCGUGCGGCCUCGCGUGCAGCACAGCCCUUUUGGACAGACCACCCAUUGCAAGCGCCGCUUCACCACAAGGCUGCAAGGGACCUGAGAGCUGCUCAGCUCUGACCRCGUGUUCUCCUUGAAACAGUAAAACACUGAAUACCCAAAGAUGAGGCUCUUGUUUUUAUAGUAUUGUUUUCUUCUUCUUCCCUUUCUAUGCAASUGUAAAUUAAUGAGCAGUGGAGUAUUUGUCACUGAUUUGUAUAAAUAUACAGCCGCGGCAUAAGGGGCAAGGGCUUUAUAUAUGUUCUUUUGAUAAUCGUAAAGAGAUCUGCAUAAGGAGUUUGGAGCAAAAUGUUACAUAUAUACAUUCCUUUCAGCUCUUUGCUUUUUACAUUGUAAAAUACCCUCAGUUAUGUUCUGACACAUUUAGUAAUCUAUACUGAUUAUUUAUAUGUUAAGCAUCUGACUACACAGAUUUCUGAAGGCUCGUGAGUUGUUUGCAGGAUUGGCAAAAGAAGUUCUCGUAACCUGCAGUAGUCUUGCUGCUUAACAAAAGUUGCCAUUGGGUGAAAGCUACAGUAUUUUAAUUCCAUUAAAAAAAAAAAAAAAAAAAAAAAAGAUAAACCUGCAUUUCAGGUCAUAAUAAUCAUCAUGCACCAAAAUGGUAUUUUUAGCUUUCUUGUAGUUAUUUCCACACAAAACACUCCAUUUGGAGGAUUAUUUUUUUAAGCCUUACUUUACUUUGAAUCUGGAGAUAGCUAAAAUGAGGACUUAGAUGGUAGCUUAAGUUGUUUUUAGUGAGGUCUAAGUUAGUGUAAUAUCUUCCCUGACUUUAUUGAGAGAGAAAGUUUUGCCGUUCUCUGCUGUGCCAAACUUGUUUCAAGUUUUGGGGUUUACAGGCUGMAGUUAAGCUCAUUUCCACAAGCUCCCCUGCUGAUGACCCAGACACGCUGCUCUCGCCUUCCUCUGGGAAAGGAAGAGACGAUUAGGAAGCCCUUUCCAAUACUGAUCGUUAGUGAUGGAAUCAUUUUUUCAAAACACUGCAGUGCACUUAGAUAGUAUCAUCUGGCCUUGUAAUCUCGCAGCUCAUCUUUGCCUUCGAUGAAUUCAGUUACUUACAUGCUUUGAGUAGGGAUAAUUAUGGAAACAGUGCAUCACUAAUCAUCUGAUCUCUAGCUUUAAUGUUAUCAUGGGAGAUUUUAAUUCUGUCCCUGAGUUUACAGUGUUGCAUGGACACUUGCUUCAAUUUCCGGACAUCCCUUUAGUUGGUAACUCUGCAUGCAAUAUAUUUCACACACAGUGGAGAGAAACCAAACCUUCUUAACCAUUACCGAAGAAAAGGCUCAAAAGGAUAUUGGCAGAGUUAGGAGUGCUGCACGGGGCUGGAUGGGAUGCAGCAGGUUGGGAAUCUUGACCAUUUUGGCCAAGUUACCUCCGUGCUGUUGUCCUGCCCCCCCAGCUCUCCCUGCGGGGCAGCGGCUGCUGCAGGAAGGGCUGGGGCAGCCCGCAGGCUCCGGCAGCGCUUCCCUCUGAAGCCUUGGRCACAUGAUUGAACCACUCGGCCUCAGCUUUCCUCUCUGUAACACGGGGGUGGCAGGACUAACCUCGCAGAGGGGCUGCAGGGCUGCUCUAGCUGAAAAGCUCUAAGCAAAAGCUAUAGGUGAUUUCCAGGCAGGUGGAGCAAGACUGGCAAACUGGGGAGAGAAGAGAUGGGCUACUCUAAAGCCUUCACCUAGUAAGGAGAUAGUGUAAUUAUUUUGAAAAGAAAAAAAAAUAAAGGAGAUAUUUUACAGAAGAGGAAAGCCAUGACCACCUUUCUACCUCAGACCUGUCUUCAUGAGUAGUAUUGGAAAUAGC